AUUUUUUGCUGGGGAAGUGGACAAUUCCUCCUGAUUCCCUCCCUUUCCCCAUCACCCCCGCUCCGGCGCUCCACCACGAAAUGGAAUUUCAGUUUCAGUGGGCGUCUAAGGGAGCCGGAGACUGACUCGAGAGGUUUAAGCUUUUGCACCGCCAUGACACUGGCCGCUCUGUGUAGUUCUACUGUACCUGCCAUCUCGCCGGCAACAUACACCGCCGGAAACAACCUUUCUCGUACCAAUCUCCUUCCCCUGGUUCCACUCCGCCCGUCAUUUUCCAGGACUCGAAACCCUAGCAAAUUCAGCAAAUCAUAUCCGGUCAGAGCAGCUGUGGUGCGCGAACAGGAGGAGAAGGAGGUGGUUGUAGAAGAAACUUUUCGACCCAAGACAUCUGGCUUCAAUGUACAGGAGGGCGGCAGUGGUGGCUCACAGUCACAGAGGGAGCCUCCUCAACCUGAUUCUGAUCAGUUGAUCAUCAAGAUUGAGCAAUCCAUUAACGUCUUUCUCACUGGACACGGUGAUAAAGGUUCUCGACACCUUCUACCGCGAUCGAGAUUAUGCUAGGUUCUUCGUCCUUGAAACCAUUGCGAGGGUUCCUUAUUUUGCCUUCAUUUCAGUUCUGCACUUGUAUGAGAGUUUUGGUUGGUGGAGAAGAGCAGAUUAUCUGAAAGUUCAUUUUGCUGAGAGUUGGAAUGAGAUGCACCACUUACUCAUCAUGGAAGAACUGGGGGGAAAUAGUUGGUGGUUUGACCGAUUCCUCGCUCAACAUAUUGCAGUCUUUUACUAUUUUAUGACUGUCUUUAUGUAUGCAUUGAGCCCAAGAAUGGCUUAUCACUUUUCUGAAUGCGUGGAACACCAUGCUUAUUCAACCUAUGAUAAAUUUAUCAAGGCGAAUGGAGACGAGUUGAAGGAAAUGCCAGCGCCGGAGGUUGCAGUUAGGUACUACACCGGCGGUGACUUAUACUUGUUUGAUGAAUUUCAGACUUCCAGAGUCCCUAACUCACGUAGGCCGAAAAUAGGUAACGUCUCACUCAUUAUGAUUUAUGAUCACAAAAAUUGAUAAUCUUGGUCACUUUAUACCUGGAAAGAAGAAUUCCAUUAUGGAAAUUGAAUUUUAUGUGGCUUAAAAGUUUUGAUUUCUAAUUCCCCUCCGGAGGUAGGAAUGGCAAUGGGGCAGGUCCGGUCGAAAUUGCCAUCCCUAUCCGGAGGUGAUGAUAUGAAUCGAUCUGAUGAAAUGGAAUCUGUAUGUUUUGGGCAUUUGAUCUGCCAUCUCGUCUUCUGCGUGCGGAUAAUUUGUACGACACUUUUGUGAACAUCAGAGAAGAUGAGGGGGAACACUGCCAAACCAUGAAGGCAUCUCAAACUCCUGGUAAUCUGCGCUCUCCACAUUCAUAUGCAGAUGAUGGCAGCAAGGAAGACGAAUUAUCUUCCGGAUGCAUGGAUACUGAAUUGCAUUGCGAAGGCAUUGUUGACUGCUUAAAGAAAUCUGUAGGUCCUGGAUUAUCCAAGACUAAACAGUAAAGUUUAACCAACAGAAACCUUGGAUACUAUAUUUUGACUGUAUGUAAAUGCUAGUAUUAUAGUGUGGAUUUAGACAUUGAGAAAACAAUAUACGGCAGCGGGAUAAGGUGUAUUAACUCCCCUCCAAGAUCUAGAAUCAAAUGUAUAAACUUUAUUGUGAAUUCUUUAUUUUGGUUGCGUCAA